UCUUUUUUGUAUAUGGUAGAACUCAAAAGAAAAAGAAGCCAAAAAGAUAAAUCAUCACGCUAUCCACUCAGUGUUCAAUUCUCUUCACUUACUUAUCGACAAGCACCUGAAUCACUCGCACUCUCUUCACAUAAUGUAUUGGCAUUGACUUCAACACGCCCUCAUCCCCAUCAGUUCAGUACGAUUGCAGGCGACGUGUUUUCACUGGAUAUGCCUAUACGUAAAAUACCUAUCAAGAAUGUAGAACAAUAUCAUAAACAACAUACGAUUACCCAUUUAAAGUGGAAUCAAAAGGGAAAUACACUGGCAUCCAUAGAUGAAACAGGUCAUUUGGCCUUGUGGCAAGUCAAUCACACGGUUCAUGAAUGGAAGAUUGUCUAUCAAACAGAUCUGAAACAACCCUUAGCUGCCUUUUUAUGGCUUCAUUCGGAUCGCAUGUACAUCAUGCAAGAUACGAUCCAAAGAGAUGGCCUUUAUGGUCCCCGUAACCCUUAUGGUCAACUUGGUUUUAUGACAGUCACUACACAUGGUGUCAUUACUGUUCACUAUCAACGCAAUGGUAAUAUUUUCUCUAGCUUCUCAACACCUUUACCCAACAUUGGCCGAAGAGAAAUUAGCCGAGCAGAUGCAGGUUGUUUUGGUAUGUCUUUAGCUGGAUUUGAUGAUUGGGAGAGAAUAUCGCAUGCAGACAUUAUGUUGCAUCAAGACCAGAUUUACCUUGUUACACACGAUGCAUCUCUUCAACACAAGACAGUCUGGUUGCAUACGAUUGAUAUUCAGUUUCCUAAAAGCAAAAAGGGCACCAUUGUCUGUAAAUCACUCAGCUCACUUCAACUCAAACACGACACACAAAUCACUCAGUUGAUCUUGAAGCAAGGUAGUGCUUCUUUAGCGUGUGUGAUAGGACUAGGACAAGUCUCGCAUGGGUGUAUUGCUACUUAUGAAUUACAGACAAUCCAAAAGACAAUCACCAGUGAUUUAGGCACAAUUCAACACGAGCGCACUAGUCUUGUGCAUCAAUCCAGUACAGAGAUACAAGAUCGAUUUAUUACUGCCUUGAAAUGCACACACCAGGGACGUAUCCUGGUUGGUUUAAGUGAUGGUAGUGUUCAUUUGGAGAACAAGGAGAAGGCAGGCUAUUUAGAAGUGGAUUAUAGGCAAGUGGUAGGUCCUCAGCAGGAUUCGAUUGCAGAUAUCGUCCUAUCGCCUAAUCAGACCCAUGUUGUCUAUCUAUUCUCUUCCAUGGCAUUAGGCGUGGCUAGUAUCACCCAAGAGAUACCUGAUCUAUCUCAACAAUGCCUAUUGUGUCUAUUGAACAAUCAAGACUAUACAGAUUUAAUAUCUGAAUUAGUACGCAUGCCUCAACCAGAUACAGUAAUUCAUGAUGUAUUAGCAUCGUAUGAAUCAUAUGUAAAGGAUUCAACAAGGUUAUUUUCAGAAAAAGCUUAUGGAUUUGCCUUGGCUGUCUAUCGUCGACUACCCAACAAACAAGUCCAAUACACCAAUUUCUCAAGGGCUAUUCAGUUACCUUUGAUUCUUGAAUGCUUUAUGAGUGCUACUGUGGAUGAAACAACUGAAUUUGAUGUCCAUAGUCUAUGGUCUCUGGUUUCUUUAUCCAGUUGGAUCUAUGACUAUGUACGAUGGUUAUUACGUGAAUGGUAUUUGUUAUUUCAUCAUUCGACACGUAGCACUCAACCUGUGUAUGCUGUCUUAUUAUUACACAAAGAAUCAAGGUCAUGUCUGUACAAGAUAUUGUUGUACAUCCGUCGUUUUAUUGCGUACACAAACACAUCCCAGUAUGCACUCGAAUCUCGGUCUUUAUUGCAGAGAUAUACAUGUACACUAUUCAAUCAAGACACAGUGGAUAUUGCUGACCUUCUUUUAUUUCUUGAAGCAUUAGACAAUGUCACCCAUACCCAAAGUAAGCUUAACCCUAUGUCACUAUGUCAUUUACCUUUUAUUAGCUGAACAUCGUUGGUCUUUAUUGGUUCAUUCUACUUUGGAUGGAUUUGAUAUCCAUCAAAUUCAAUCUAUUUCAAACCAACAUAAAGAUACUUGUGCUAAACCUAGUAUCUAUAUUGAAAAGGUAGAACCUUAUCCUUACGAUGUCAUUCGUAAACGUCGAUUAGGACAAGCCAAGACUUAUUGUUGUAUGCGGUAAGUUUAGAAAAGAAAAGAAAAAAAAGGAGGUAAUCUCAUUCAAUAUAUCUAGAUGCAAUCAACCUGUAUUAGCUACUCAUCCAGACAAACAAGAGCCUUAUCAGUCUGCUUCAUGGUAUCAAAGUAUAGGACAACAGCAUUGUAUCUGCGGUGGUUUAUUUGCUUAAAAGUCAGACGCGCUUUUUUUU